AUGGAUCAAUUCGGAUUCAACGGAGCUGACGUCUGGAGCACCACCGGCGACCAAAAGGGGAGCAAGGAAUCCAUUUCCAACACCGGAAAAGCUCAGCAGAAAAAAUCCGAGCCGGUGAACAUUCCUGGGUGGUCGAGCAGGGCACGUGUGGGAGACUAUUCUGAGAAGGGAACAGAGGGAAUGCCGCCUCACGAGUACCUGGCGAAGACGAGAGGAGCGUCGCCUUCGGUGCAUGAAGGGAAGGGGCGGACUCUCAAGGGCAGGGAUUUGAGCAAUGUAAGGGAUGCUGUAUGGAAACAGGCCGGCUUUCAAGAUUAA